AUGUGGCCGGCGCGCGGGCCCAACGGCAGCGGUGGGAGGGGAGGCGGGAUGGGUGCCCAGGGGGGUAGCUUCUACUCUCCCCAGCAGUAUUACGGCCAGCCGAUGCCGCCCCGCGGUCAGCAGCAGCCCUUUGGCGGCUUCCAGAACGGGCCCUUUGCGCCGGGCGGAGGCGGCGGAGGCGGCGGCCGCGGAGGAGGCUUCGGACAGCCUGGCCAGUCGCCUGGCUGGGGCAACAAUGCCCAGCUCAAUGGGCCCCGGUACCCGCGGCAGCAGGUCGACCACUUCUCCGGCGGCCAGGGCUACGCUGGACAACGACAGCAGCAGCAAGGCCGCCACGCGAGCUUCAACGACCAGCGCGGCGGCGCUGGCAACGGGCAUGGCAGCAGCAACAACGGCUGGAACGGCUUCACGGGGCCUAGCGGCUCCCGUUCCGCCGAGUCGCAGGGCUCGAGGAGGCGCUCGCCGUCGCCAGUCCUGUCCAAGGAGGAGAGCGACAUCCGCGACCUGGUGCGCGCCGUCGACCGCGACAUCAUCGAGCGCAACCGCAAGCUCAGCAUCAUCUGGUCAAAGGCGCAUUCGGACGCCCUCGACAACCUCUUGCAGGCCAUGGAUCGGGCCGAAGAGGCAGGCAGCAAGGAGCGCGCCAUCGACCCGCUGCUCGAGGCGUUUGCGCUCAUGAUCGAGUGCCGCAUCGAGGGCCGCCUCGACCCCUCGCAAAAGGGCCGCACCAACGAGCUCAAGGAGGCCGUCGUCAACGGCAUCUACGACCUCUGCGAGGACGGCAGCGAUGCCGUGCGCAAGCUCGGCUACGGCGCCAUGCGCGACCUCAGCCGGAGCGACGCGACGCUCCUCAAGCGCAACGCCGACGUCCUCGUCCAGCUCCUGCAGAACGAGGAGCCCACUGAGCACGACCUCAUCUCCAAGUCGCUCGUCGGCCACCUCAAGCAGUCGCCCGUCGACGCCUUCGACGUCAUCAUUCAGGACCACUGCAAGGGCGAGCUGCGCCACCUCGCCCUCUCGUUCCUCGCCUCGCCCCAAGCCGAAAAGGUGCUCGACGACAAGGUGGUCGGCAAUGCCGACUACGAGGCCGCGCUGGCGCUCCGGCUGGCCGACAUCAUCCCUCUCUGCAACGACGAGGAGAUGGAGCUUAUCAAGGUGCUCCUGCGCCCGCUCAGCACGCUCUGGCUGCCGUCGUUUGACUUUGCCACGACCGAGGAGUAUGAGAACGCCUCGGCCAGCGCCUCGCUCCUCCUCGUCCGGCUGGUCGAAGGCUUCCUGAUCCGGUUCCGGGCGGCCGGGAGACGAGGAGCCGGCGAACGGGAGGGUGACGCGGGCAGCGGCGCCGCGGUGCUCGAGUCGCAGAGCAAGGAGAUCGAAGCUGCCCUCGCAAGCAGCGAGCUGCUGUCGCCCGCCAGCGGCAGCGAGAUGCAAGAUGCGCACGAGCUCUUCAAGAGCCUGCUCGAGGUAUCGACCUACGAGCCCGCCUCGGACGGCACCGCAGCCACUCCGGCUUCGGCGGCCUACAUCAAGGACGUGCAAAAGGCGCUCCGGUUCGUCCACAAGUUCCUGCCAGACACCAAAGCUUCCUCGACGGCGGCGUCUGCGGCUGAUACGGCGACAUCGGCAGCGACAGCGCCGACGCUCCUGAGGCAUCUUGGCGGGCAGCUCCGGAUCCUCGUGCUGCGCUUCGCCGCCGAGGUCGCAGCAAAGGCGGCCGUCGCCAUCAACAAGGCGCCCACAAACGCCGACAAUCUCACCGAAGACGACAGGAGAGCGCUCGCCCGAGCCGCCGUCGCAGCCAUAAAUUCCAUCUAUCCGGAAGAGGCAAAGGCACUGCCCGGGCCGCCAGGGCAGCAAGAGGCGUACGAGAUUCUGCUGGCCGAGGCCUUGCUGAUGAUCCUCCUGCAUGCGACGCCACCGGGCCGCAACGCUGGUCCGAUCACGUUGCCCGAGAUUGAAGAGCAGCCGUUCAAGAAUCGGCUGCGACGCCUCUACGGCGCCUCUCAAGAGGUCAGGAGCAACUGGCACGGUCACGAAUCGAUCAAGGAGUCGGCCAAGGGCGUCUUUGUCAUUGCCAAGGAAUACCUCAAGCCGCGACACAAUCGGCUGGACGUGUCGGCGCAGCCGCUGUGGUGGAAGCCGCCGCCCGCGUUUCCCGUCGACGAGGCGCGUCCGAAACGUGGUCGCGACGACGACGACGAGGAGCACGACGACGCACGACCACGUCCCUCUCGGACCGACUCGUCGAAGCGCUCUCGACCGUCCGAUGUCGCCGACUCUGCUACGCAAUCGCGCGCUCGCUCGCCCUCUCCGCCUCGGCCGGCACCGGCACCGCGAGGACGUGGGACGACGCAGGCGCCCAUGUCGUCGGCGGGAUGGGAAAGCGACGACCUGUUCGCAUCGUCCCGGCGGCAGGAGAGGGGCGGCGUGCGCGGCUUCUCGAGCACCGAUAGCAAGCUGGCGCAGAAACAGGGCCUUUCGAUCCGCGGCGGCGGCGGCGGCAAGCAGGGUGCGAGCAUCAAGGGCGCCUCGCAGCACCCCGAUUCGGCCAGCUCGCGACAGGGCAUGUCGAUAAGAGGCGCCGCCAGCUCCACGGCGACUGCGCCUGCGCCGGAACCCGCUGGACAGGGCAGAGGGUUGUCGAUCCUUGGCGCCGCAAGGGAGCGGACGGGAGGAGGAGGCGGCAGUGGUGGUGGUGGCGGAGGAGGAGGUGGAGGCCGGGCUAUCAAUGCCGCCGUCAAUGCCGCUGCGGCCGCCGCUGCCUCGACGACGAGGGAUACAACGAGGCAGCACCAGCAGCCACAUCAGCAGCAGCAGCAGCCUCGCUCAGCCGGCGGGUCGAGGUCAGGAGGUGCACCGGCUCGGGCUCCCAUCGAGAGGAGGGGGAGCGGAGCGUAUCGAGGUCGAGGCAGACGGGCUUGA